AGCAUUAAGUAGAAUUCAUCAUGUGUGGCAUCUGGGCCCUUUUUGGAAGUGACGAAUGCCUCUCAGUUCAGUGUCUUAGUGCUAUGAAAAUAGGCCACAGAGGCCCAGAUGCUUUUCGUUUUGAAAAUGUCAACGGAUUCACCAACUGCUGUUUUGGUUUCCAUCGUUUGGCGAUCGUUGACCAGCUAUAUGGAAUGCAACCUCUACGGGUGAAGAAGUUUCCCUACUUGUGGCUGUGUUACAAUGGGGAAAUCUACAACUACAAACAGUUGCAAAAACAAUUCGGAUUUGACUACCAGACUUUGGUAGAUGGAGAGGUAAUCCUUCAUCUUUACAACAGAGGAGGAAUAGAGCAGACAGCCUCCAUGCUCGAUGGCGUGUUUGCGUUCAUUUUGCUGGACACGGCAAACAGGAAGGUCUUUCUGGGAAGAGAUACGUAUGGAGUCAGACCGCUGUUUAAGGUCCUGACUGAUGAUGGAUUCCUCGGUGUCUGCUCUGAGGCAAAAGGUCUUAUCAACUUGAAGCACUCAAUGUCUUUUCCUCCAAAAGUAGACCCUUUCCUUCCAGGGCACUAUGAAGUGUUGGAUCUAAAAGCAAAUGGCAAAAUUGGAUCAGUGGAACUGGUGAAAUUCCAUGGCCCUAAAGAUAAACCUCUACAUGCUGAUUAUGAUUCAUUACAAAAUCUAUCCUCAGGGUUUGAUGUUGAAACAGUGAAAAGCAACAUUCGUCUUUUGUUUGAAAAUGCUGUCAGGAAACGGUUGAUGUCUCACAGAAGGAUUGGUUGUCUCUUAUCAGGUGGGUUGGAUUCUAGCUUGGUCGCUGCAGUGCUUCUUAAAUUGAUGAAAGAAGCAGACUAUCCCUACCCUUUACAGACUUUUGCUAUUGGAAUGGAGGAUAGCCCUGACCUUCUGGCUGCUAGAAAGGUAGCAGCUCACAUUGGCAGUGAACACCACGAGGUCAAUUUUAAUUCUGAAGAAGGGAUUCAGGCACUAGAAGAUGUUAUACUUUGCUUGGAAACAUAUGACAUCACAACCAUACGAGCUUCAGUCGGUAUGUAUCUGGUCUCCAAGUUCAUUCGAAAGAACACAGACAGUGUGGUAAUUUUUUCGGGGGAAGGGUCAGAUGAGCUGACCCAAGGUUAUAUCUACUUUCAUAAGGCACCCACACCUGAAGAUGCUGUAGAGGAAAGCGAGAGGCUCCUCAAAGAACUGUACCUUUUUGAUGUUCUUCGUGCUGACAGAACGACUGCUGCCCAUGGCCUUGAACUGAGAGUUCCAUUUUUGGAUCACCGGUUUACUUCUUAUUACCUGUCUUUGCCUGCAGAACUCAGAAUACCAAAGAAUGGAAUUGAAAAGCAUCUCUUGAGAGAGGCCUUUCAAGAUACAAAUUUACUGCCUAAAGAAAUCCUCUGGAGACCCAAAGAAGCCUUCAGUGAUGGAUUAACUUCUGUCAAGAAAUCCUGGUUCUCAAUACUCCAAGAUUAUAUUGAUCUUCAGGUUGAGGACUGUUUGUUGGAGAAGGCAGCGGAGAAGUUUCCAUUCAAUCCCCCUAGAACAAAAGAAGGUUAUUACUACCGCCAGAUUUUUGAGAAGCACUACCCGGGACGUUCUGAUUGGCUCCCUCACUACUGGAUGCCAAGAUGGAUCAAAGCCACCGAUCCAUCUGCUCGCACAUUGCAACAUUACAAAUCGGCCCCAAAAGAAUAAACU